AAUUACACUCAUAAUGAGUGUCCUAAAAUUAUCGUCAGAAACUAUUUCCGCUCAAAAAAAUUCAGACAUGGGGCCAAUGGAUACGUUGUUAGAAGUUAAUGAAAACGUGACUAGUGAAAUAUUCGAUCGACCUUUUGAAGAAGGUCAAAUUGAAGAAAUAUCUCCUAGAAUUUUCAGUUUAAAAGAUGUUAGAGAUUCUUUGACUAUACCAUCUUUAAACAAUGCUAUUUAUGAACUGGGAGUUGUUAAUUUGUGUUGGCCAGAAAUAUCUGAGCCCGUAUUUGAGAAUCGUACGUGUUUUCCCAAAAGUUAUUAUACGAAUUCACCUAAAGAACGCCUUCUUUUGGGUUACGCAGAAAAUUUUAGACAACAGUUCCAAUUUCAUUAUCAAGCUCGGAAACCAUUAUUGCUUCAGGCUCCCAAUGAAUGUGGUUUACAGAAAAUGGUGUGCACAACGAUAAGACCGACCAAAUUAUGCUAUGCUGAUACAAAUACAUGGCAAGGGAUCGCUGCUUUGGUGGCAGAUUACUUCGACUACGAACCCCUGACGAAACCUAUGUUACAUCCAGAACGCAUUAUGUCCCCGUACACGGCUAUAAUACGACGCAGCGGGAAUCCAUUCGAAAUAGCUCACGUGCUGGUUUCCUGGCUGAUUGGUGCGGGGUAUGACGCGUACAUAGUAGUCGGCUGUGCCAAGAGAGACGUCUGUAUGGCUAUACGAUACAGGACAAUGUGCCCUGAUAUACCGGACGAGAGGGAGAUAGUGGAGGAAAUACCACCGCCAGAAGAGGAGCCUCGAUACCGACUCGUACCUCUACCAGAUCUGAACUCUAAGUAUUGUCAGCAGAUGGACAAAAAGGAGAAAGACAAAAAACAAAGUGAAUUGGAUAAUAUCGUGAACGAAAGGCUUAGGAAAAUUGAGGAUUUAGAAAAACCACCACACGAUGAAAUCGAUGGCUGGCGGACGCAUGCUUGGAUAUUAAUAUUACCAGGCAACAUGGGUAUCGAAGAGCCAUUCUUCAUAGAGCCCAGUGAAGGUAAUGGAUACCCAUUAGACGCGAAGCAGUACCAACAUCUGGACAGUGUGUAUAAUCAUGAGAAUUAUUAUGUAAACUUACAAAGUUGUGCUGAAGGCCUGGAUAGCCUGAAGUAUGACUUGGCUAAUUUAUCAUGCUGGGAACACCUCCUCGCUGGCGAACCAUUCCAUAGAAGACAAAUGUUAGGAGUCGAUACUGCCGACAAGAGAACAGCAGUUGACACUGAGAAGCACUUGGACGUUCCAGCUAGCUGGGUGGAGAAACUAGAUAUUAGCGCUGAUGAAUUCGAACAAAGAUAUCCUGGUAGUCAUAAAGUGAUUCAUUACAAGAAGGUGAUCCUGGAAAAGUUCUCACCAUAUUCUCAGAGAGAUGGUAUCGUGAAGAGAGUCAAGAUUUUUGAUGACUAUGCCCUCACUAUCCCGCUACUUACAUACGAGUGGUACAAAAAUAGGGUUGACAAGAUGGAUACGGUCAAGAUAGACCAUGUCAAAAAAGAAAUAUUGGAGAAGUUUGGUAUCGGUAGGAAGGACCACAUAAUAAAACACGUGUAUUCAAUAGAAGCACCGGUUGUGUCAGUGGAAGGUGUUCGAACUUUGGAGUUCAAUUACUACGCACGUCUGGACCAUCUCACCAAGCUUGUAUGCACCCCACUGACCUUUGAUGAACACUAUACCAAUAGAGAGGAUAGGUUAGAAUCUAGAAUGAUUGUCUAUACAGAAGGCACCAAAAUGGAACCUAAACGUCAAAUAAAGGAUAUAACAGAGACAUAUGGAAGAAAUCAUUCUGUACCAGCUAAGGAUGAUGUUUUUAAGAAAAUCUUUCAUAUCCAAGAGAACACUAUAGAACUAUACUACCAUUAUGCAUAUAACUUUGUCACGAAUGAUAGUAGAAGCUAUACAAAGCCUAAUUUAGCGGAGUCUGGUGGCAAAAUACUUUAUUAUCCUGAAAAAACUUCAGGUUACAUUGCUGACCCAUGCGCUAAACCGCCACGACCUCUGAACAUUUAUUACGCUCUUUGUGAGAAUAUGGAAUGGGAGUACAAGACUAACAAACACAUAAGAGAUCGGGAGUCAGAUAUUAAUGGAUACUUGAAACAGCGGCACAAGGAGUUGACAGAGCCUCUUUUGUUUGUCGCCUUAUUUGAUACUGAGAGGAACGAAGCGGCAAAAAAAGGAUGGAAAGAACAAGAGACAAAAAGAGCCGAGGUGACAGAAAGAGAAAAGGAGGCUGAGAUCGACCCACUGGCUCCGUACCUCGCUCGUAUGUUUGGCUCCGGUCACGGGGCUGGUUCACCGCUUUCAAUCAAGGAGGCCACAUUAGUCAGAGAACAAUGUAUUAACGACUUCAGAGCUAAACAACUGGCCAGGCAGAAUUUGGUGCAGGAAAGAUUCGACACGCUAAAUGAUGAAUACAAAAGCAAGAGACUUUGGUAUCUGGCAAACCAGUUCAUCCUAACACCUGAAAAGGAGAGUGCCUACUUUGCUACAAGUGCUGAAUUGGCGUUCAAGGUGCACGCAUUAGAAGUAAGGCUGACAAGGCACAGGGACCUCUCGGAGCCGCGGUUCAAGAUGCUCCGGGACUAUCUGGACAAGCAUCCUCUCCUCAAGGAAUACAACCGCAUGAGGCACUACUAUGGCGUGAAAUAG